AAGAUCGGAUUAAGGGGCAAGUAAGAUACCACCAGUAUACCAUACAACUCAGAGAUAGAUUGAACUUGUUCAAUUAUAGAUAUAAACAACCAUAUAUGAAGAGAAGAUAAACCGCAACGCAACGAUGAUGACAGCCGAAUCUUUGGUUGAUUUGCCUGAUGAUAUUCUUUAUCAGAUUUAUCAAUAUUUAAAUAUGGAUGAUUUAAAGAAUUUAGUCUUGACUAAUAAAUCAUUCAUCCCAGGGAUUUAUGAUCAGAUUUAUCGUCAUGGGAAGUAUAUCAUAACGUUUGAUGAUGGUGAUAUUGAUGGUGAGGGAAGCAGCAAUAGUCAUACUUUGAUAGAUGAAGAUGAAGAGGAGGAGGAUGAUGAAUACUUUAUAUCAGAUGACGAUGAUGACGAUGAUGAUGAUAAUGAAAGUUUAGACAACUUGGAUUCUGAUUUCUAUUUUGAUGAUUUUGAUGAAUAUUAUGAUACAUUUUAUGAUGAACCUCAAGAUAUAUUUUUUGAAGAUAGUGAUGAUGAGGAGGAUAUUAAUAAUGGUCAAGAUGAAGUGGUUAUAAUUCGAAAUUCUGCCCGAUGGACACCUCCACCUCAUUAUUAUUGUGCUUCUCAUAAACGAUCUUCAUCAUCAAUGGGAUUACCAAUUCGAUUAAUUAAUGAUGAUCAAGAUUUAAUUGAUCAUAUUAAUCGAUUCAAGCAUUUUAAUAUCACUAUUUCGAUUACAAAUUUCAAUGAAAUCAUUAAUAAGUUGAAUAAAUAUGAAUCAUUAUUAAAGAAGUUGUUCUCCAAUGAAAAGAAUCAGAAUCAGAAUCAGUAUAACAAUAAUCAGAAUAAUAAUAAGAAAGAGAUUAAGAUAUUUAUAAAGUUGGAUUAUACCUUCCAAUCAUUCAAUGAUGUCAAAGAUUGUUUAACCAAUGUUAAUCGAUUAAUCUAUUAUUUUGAUCAACUGGAACCUGGAGAAGAUCAAGAUGGCCAAGGAAAAGGGGGUGAAAACAAAGGUAAGAAGAAACAUCACCAGCAUCGUCAUAGAGUAGAACAAGUACAAGAUGACAAUGAUGACAAUGAUGAUGAAGAUGAUACGUUCAAUAUGCCUAAACAAAUGUAUAAUAAGAUUCAAAUUGAUUUAGCUAUCAAUCAUUAUAAUUCAUCUGCUAAUAAAGCAGUAGGAUGAGCGGAGUUGUGAUUGCAAAUCCGCAAAUUGAAGAGGGAAGUAGUACUAUGAAAUAAACAGAUUGAUAUUCUACCCAUAUUUAACGUUUGCUUUAUAUAAUUUUAACUUCUAUUCAUACUACUAUAUAUCGUAUAAUGCCAUAUCAUACCUUAUUGUAACCAAAACUUAAACCAUUAACUAUAGUGUUAUCCUUUUUAAAUUUGUUACUAUUUUUAAAACAUAAUUAUCGCCAAAAAAAGGAAAAGAAAAAAAAAAUG